CAGGCAGCGCCGCGUCCUUAUCAAUGGGCCGGGCGGCAUAGCGUGCGGCCACCUUUUCCGAGGAGGCGCAGUCCCGGGGUAGCCGCGGGUCGCCUGGCCCAAUUAUGGCUCCUCCCGGCGCGGCGGCGGGCCGGCAUCUGGGACCCUGCGGGGGGCGCUGAGCUCCAGAGCCCGCGGUGAGCACGAGUGGGCGGCCGUCGGGGCUGCCGCCGGGAGCGCGCCGGGCACCAUGCGCCCCUGCCUGCAGCCGCGGUCGCUGCGGCUGCUGCUGUUGCUGCUCGCCGGCGCGGCGCACACCGUUGGAGCCCUCCCUCGGCUGUGUGAUGUGCUGCGGGUGCUGCGGGAGGAUCGGGACCAGUGCCUGAAGGACCUCGCCGAAGAGAGGACAGGAGACCUGGGCAGAGAGCAGCCCGCCCCAGGCUGCGCGGGGCUGUGGGACAACAUGAGCUGCUGGCCCUCUUCUGCUCUGGGACAGACUGUGGAAGUGGAGUGCCCGCGAUUCUUCUGGAUGCUCACAGGCAGAAACGGUUCCAUGUUUCGAAACUGCACACAGGGCGGCUGGUCAGAAACGUUCCCCAGGCCUGACCUGGCCUGUGGGGUUAAUGUGAACGACUCGAGCACGGAGGCCAACGAGAAGCGGCACAAGUACCUCCUGAAGCUGAAGGUCAUGUACACCGUGGGCUAUAGCUCCUCCCUGGUGAUGCUCCUGGUUGCCCUCAGCAUCCUCUGUGGUUUCCGGAGGCUCCACUGCACCCGAAACUACAUCCACAUGCACCUGUUUGUGUCCUUCAUCCUGCGUGCCCUAUCCAUCUUCAUCAAGGAUGCUGUACUCUUCUCCUCAGACGAUGGCUUCCAGUGUGAUACCCACAGGGUGGGCUGUAAGCUGGUCAUGGUCUUCUUCCAGUACUGCAUCUUGGCCAACUACGCCUGGCUGCUGGUGGAAGGCCUCUACCUUCACACACUCCUCGUCAUCUCCUUCUUCUCAGAAAGGAAGUGCCUGCAGGGGUGCAUUGCCUUCGGAUGGGGUUCCCCAGCUAUUUUCGUUGCUUCGUGGGCUAUCACCAGACACUUUGUGGAAGAUGUUGGGUGCUGGGACAUCAACGCCAAUGCAUCUGUCUGGUGGGUCAUUCGAGGGCCUGUGAUCCUGUCCAUCCUGAUUAAUUUCAUCCUUUUUAUAAACAUUCUAAGAAUCCUGAUGAGAAAACUUAAAACCCAAGAAACAAGAGGAAAUGAAGCAAACCAUUAUAAGCGUCUGGCCAAAUCCACCCUCCUGCUGAUCCCUCUCUUUGGAGUCCAUUAUAUCGUCUUCGCAUUCUCUCCAGAUGAUGCCAUGGAGAUCCAGCUGUUUUUUGAAUUGGCCCUUGGCUCAUUCCAGGGCCUGGUGGUGGCCGUCCUCUACUGCUUCCUCAAUGGGGAGGUCCAGCUGGAAGUUCAGAAGAAGUGGCGGCAGUGGCACCUCCACGAGCUCCCACUGCGCCCCGUGGCCCUCAGCUCCUCCUUCAGCAACGGCACCAGCGGCCUCACCCAUGGCACCACUGUCAUCCCCUCGGAGCCAAGCCGGGGCACCUGCAGGGCCAGUGUCAUCUGAGAGGCUGGAGCAGGGCCACAGACAGAGGCCACGCCAGGUCCUAUGAGGGCAGGACACUGCUGCAGGACAGUCUGUCUUCCCGGCAGACACCGUAUGUUCUCCUGUCCUCCAGGCCUUCGGGUUGGGGGUGCAGUGAGAAUUCCUCAGAACUGAACAGAUGGGACUUGGGGCACUACGGCGGGGGGUGGAGGCCAGGGCUUUGGGUCUGUUGUGUUCUCCCGGGAAGAGCAGUUCAGGGGUCCCAGAAGGGCACAGGGAAAUGAAUGGUAGCUGGGAUGAGAUUUGGUAUCAGUAUCUGUCAGUCUUUUUGCCUUUCAGACACAGGCGAGGGAGGAUGCUCUGGCCCAGUCCCCCAUGCCUUUCUGCAGAAGGGGGCUUCCCUGAUCUCCAUUCGUUUUUAGGGACAAGCUUAGAAGCCUAGAAAACACGAGAAAUGGAGGCCUUUGGCCCUACGUGGAUCUUUCCCGCCCCUCAUUGCAACUCACCUGUCCAGUAGUUCUCAUCCUAAAGCCUUCAAGACAGUAACUGAAUUAAUCUGAUCAAGACCCAGGAGUCCAGGAGAACCCCAGGACCCCCCACUCCCUUUUAGUAACCCUAGCAUGGUAUGAGAUGUCCCUCUGUUCUUACUGCUCUCAAUCAGCUAUCCACAGCCCCCAGGGCAGGUAUAGCAGGAGACGGGGCAUGAUCCCACUUGACAGAAGAGAAACAGGUUCACCAAGGUCCUAUGGCUUGCUCAAGCUACUGGGCAAAGAAGUGGCAAAGUCCAGUCCGGGGCUUUCAGUCUCAAAUCUCAACGCUCCAAGGCUGUUUUACAUGGCCCAUCUACCAGCCCCAUUGGGGAUUUUAAUCUCACCUUUUCCUGUCUGGAUCUGUCCCCUUGAAUAUCAACACUCCCUCCCCACCAGCCUUGUGAGGAUUAAAGAGUAUUCAAUAUUUGAACUCUUUUACAAAACAAAACCUACCAGUGCUCAGGGGAAUGAAAUCUGGACAUAGUAGAGAACUCCUCCCCCCAAUGUAAAGAAUCUUGCUGUUGGGUGGGCCCAGCUCUAGCCCUAGCUUUGGGUGAUCCUGGACAAGAGCUAUCCCUCUCCAGGGCUUGGCUCCCUACUUCUGUACCUUCCCCCUGCAGACAAGGCGGUCACCCUUUGCUCCUUGUAGAUUGCUCCUGGUGAGAAGGCCAGGCGCCCACUUCCAGGGCUAAGAACUCAGUCUACAUGGUUGAUGAGCUCUGCUCUCCAAAACACCGAUUGGUCCACAACACCUUGC